AUGGAUUUCGAAACAAAUAAUGAAUCAAUUUUACCAAAUGGCAAAUUAUCACACUCAAACCAUAAAAACUCUAUGUCUAAAACACGCCAAGAGUCUCGUACAGGGUCUUUGGUCGACAAUCUUGACAUAGACGGUUUAAGUUGGCCAAGCAUCGGUACGAAGCAACGUCUAAACGAAACUGUCGAACAGAAACAAGAAAGAAUACGAAAAUUAGCUUCAGCAGUUCAAACCAUAUUUGAAUGCAUAGGUGAAGACCCUACUCGUGAAGGUCUGUUACGGACUCCGGAGAGAUAUGCGCAGGCUAUGCUGUUUUUCUCUAAAGGAUAUGAGGAGAGCAUUCAAGAUAUAAUCAAUGGAGCUAUCUUUGAGGAAGAUUAUGAUGAAAUGGUGAUAGUAAAGAAUAUUGAUGUAUUCUCUUUAUGUGAGCAUCAUAUGGUUCCAUUCACUGGAAAGAUCAGUAUAGGUUAUAUUCCUAAUCGGCGUGUGCUUGGGUUAUCAAAACUUGCACGAAUUGCCGAAAUGUUUUCGAGGCGACUUCAAGUGCAAGAACGACUAACAAAACAAAUUGCUGUGACGCUCCAAGAGAUCUUGAAGCCAAAGGGUGUUGCUGUGGUAAUGGAAGCGAGUCAUCUUUGUAUGGUUAUGCGUGGUGUGGAGAAACCUGGAAGUUCUACAAUGACCAGCACCAUGUUGGGUUGUUUUCGAGAGCAAGCAAAAACACGUGAAGAAUUUCUAACAUUAAUCAGAAGUUGA